AACGAAACAUUCGAUGAUCUCCUACCAAUAUGCUGGCACAUAAACGAUUGCUGGCCUUGUCUGAGAGAGAAGAGUGCGCCUUGUAGUUGGUGUCCUAGUUCGAUGACAUGUAUCCCCAACCUCUCAACUCUCCAAAUCCUUGCCCCGAUCACAAACGCAGAUAUCUGCCCGCUGUGGUCUGAGCGCUGGGAGGUUAGGACGAGGGGCUUAGGCUGUCAUGUGAGCACUAUCACGCUGCUGACUUGUGUUGUGAGUGUGGUUUCUACCUUUCUUGUUAUGGGCUUGGUAGCGCUUGCCUUCAGAGUUGGGAAAUGGGUCGGGGAGAAGUGGAAGGGGGAGGAGGGGUGGUGGAAGUUCUGGAGG